UCAGACCGGAACCGGAAACAGGGUUCGUUUCCGGUUCGACUUCGAAUGAAGCAGUGAAUGGAGCGGAGCCGAAUACAAACAGGCAUGGAGAUGACGGCGAAGGAGCGGCGGCAGGUGGAGGAGCAGGUGGAGCAGCUGCUGAGCGGCCAGGGGUCAGAGGUCACUCUGUGUGACCUGGGUCUGGAGCUGAGCAAGCCAGCGACUCUGAGGAAGAACGUCACCUACAUCGUCUGCGGCAUCAUUUUCAACGAGCAGGAGGAGGUGCUGAUGGUGCAGGAGGCGAAGCCGGACUGCUACAAGCAGUGGUACCUCCCAGCGGGGCGGGUGGAGGUGGGGGAGAGCCUGGAGGAGGCGCUGCGGAGGGAGGUGAAGGAGGAGGCGGGCUUCGACUGCCAGCCAAUCACGUUGCUGCUGAUCCAGGAACAGGGACCGCAGUGGAUCCGCUUCAUCUUCCUGGCCCGCAUCACAGGAGGAAGCCUGAAGACUCUGACGGCGGCGGACCAGGAGUCUCUGCAGGCGUCCUGGUGGGACCGACAGUCCAGCCUGUCCCUCAGGGGGCGGGACAUCCUGCGCCUCAUCGACUACGGACUCAGGUCAGACCCAAACGCUCCGACCAGAACCAGAACCAUGGUGACCACCUGGAGAGGUCAAAGGUACCACAGGAGCCCCUGGCACGGCGCCUCGCUGCCUCUGGACCUGAGCUGCCGCCACAUCGUCCAGCGGACGCUGCUGCUGUUCGUCGGAGCCGAGAAACGGGUCUGGAUCCUGCUGGUCCAAGCCCCGACCCCCCACCUGCCCACAGCAGCGGCCCUGAAGACGCACGCCGUGACGUGGGCGGCCAACAUGGCGGUGCAGGAGGCGCUGCCGACGUCGUACUACGACCACGACGUCGCCACGCUGGGCGUCCUCAGCCUGCAGCACAACGGCCGGCAGCACGGCCGCACCGAUGGCGUCUGCUUCAACACGCUGGCGGCGCUGGCGCCUGACCUGCCGCAGCGGGACGAGGACGGCCUGGCGGCGGAGCGGCCGGCGCCCGCCACGCCCCCGCCGGUGGAGAACCCGCGCUACGUCUGGAUGGAGGUCCGGGCGCCGGCGCUGAGGGAGGAGCUGCUGCGGCAGAGCCAGAACCCGACCCUGCUCCCGAUCCAAAGCCUGUACUGACAGGAAGUCACUGCCGCCGGGCUCUUAUUGUGAAGGGAAUGCCACUACGUUCAGCUUUUAUUCUGAAAUGUAAUGAUGACAGUCCGACCUGCCGGUUCAAACCCACUGGACCUUCAGAACCUGGUUUUAACAGAACCUGAACAGAACCGGGACGAGUUUCAGAAUAAAAGCCUUGAAAACGUCUCCAGGUGAAUAAAAAGCCAUAAAGACACUCCGGGUUCUGCAGGACAAACGGGUCGGAACGGUUCUGCUCAGCAGGAAAAACACACAUGAGUACGGAGGCCUGAAGGGGACAAAAUAAAUCAAAACUAAAACUUCCUGUUUCAGCUCCUGUUUUACAACAGAUUUAGUUUCUUAAACAUUUUAAAGACACUCGCACUUUGAUAAAAGUAUCUUAAAAUAUGUAGCUUAUGUUUGUUUGCACCGUUUCUUAUUUCUGAUAUUAAUGUUAUUUUUAUAUUGUGUUUGUUUCACAGAUGGAAACAAUUCAGUUCAAUCAUUAAUUACAUAUACCAUGAAAUUAAUAAAAGUUUAACUAAUUGAUUCACAGUGUAACUAAAUUCAAAAUCUUUUUACCAAUAAACUGUCUAAAUUAUUGCAUAAAUUUUUAUCUUUAUGUUUCUGUGGAAGUUGUGAUAUUUUUAUGAUAUUCAAUAAUUUCUCAGACUCUAAAUUGUUUCAUUGUGACUCUGCAGGCACAGAAACAAUAAAUUAAUCAUGCACACC